AUGGACAAGUUAUUAAACAUCUCUGGGUAUUGGCUUCCUCAUCUGAAAAAUGAAUGGGUGUUCACUCUGACCUAUGCCCUGACCCUGGUAGGGAAUGGGUCCAUCAUUUGUGCAGUAAAGUUAGAUCAACACCUCCACACUCCCAUGUAUAUUGUACUAGCCCACUUUUCAUUCUUGGAGACCUGUUAUGUUAACACCACAGUUCUUAAUAUGUUGGCAAAUGUCCUUUGUGAGACCAAGACCAUUUCCUUCACUGCUUGCUUCCUCCAGUUCCACUUUUUCUUUUCUACAGAUGUCACAGAGCCAUUCUUCUUAUCUCUUAUGGCUUUUGAUAGGUACCUAGCCAUUUGGCAGCCUCUGCAUUACUUCAUAAUUAUAACUGGACAUUUUUGUAUCAAAUUAGUGCUUGUUUGCUGGGUUACUAGCUUUCUCUCCUUUCCCAUCUGUAUCUAUUUUAUGUCUCAAUUGCCCUUCUGUGGCUCAAAUGUCAUUGAUGACUUUAUCUGUGAUCCAGGGCCCCUGAUUUCUUUGAUAUGCAUCCAUGCUCCAGGAAUUGAGCUUUCUUUUUCUAUUAUAUUUUCUCUUGUCAUCUUCCUCACUUUCCCUUUCAUCCUUGGAUCCUAUAAUCUGGUGUUCAGAGCUGUGUUACCAGUCCCUUUGUCAGUUGGAAGAAAGAAGGCUUUAUCCACUUGUGGGUCCCACCUGACUGUGGUCUCUCUGUUCUUUGGAACUGUCUUGGUCAUGUAUAUCACACCCACAUCAGAACAUAUAACCACAACACAAACGAUUAUUACUUUGUUUUAUUCAGUGUUUACACUUUCUUCUCUCGUCCUUAAUAACUCCCUAAUUGGAUGUAACUAUUUCCCUGCAUCUUGA